AUGCACGCCCAAACCAUGCUCUUCUCGCUCACCGCCAUGCUCGGCCUCAUCACCAACGCCGUUGCCGUCUCGUCAUCGCCGACUGCAACACCGGCUCCUGGACCACCGAAAAUUCCGAUCACCUCCUGCGGCACCGCCAACCUCCCAGUUUCUCUCUUGCCUACCCUCGCCUCGCUAUGUGCCUCGUCGUCAGCCUCGGUGUACGGACUCCUUCCCACCGUCCCCGCCUGUCUCACGCCGUUCCUCGCCAACCCGAACGGCUACGCAACCGCUCUCUCGGACUUGUGUGCACAGAGCGACGCCCUGGCAACUAUCACUAGUAUGGCGGCCCCGAGCCAGACCGUGACUGAGGAGCUCGCGGCCGAGUACUCGGCCUACAACAGCGCUUUCUAUGAUGGCAUCUGUGCGCAGAGUAGCGUUAUCACGGCCAUCGACUGCGAGUGUGCGAGCAAUGGCCGACGCGGCGCAUGA